AUGAAGAAGGUCAAGUCGCAGGACCUCUUGGUCCUGGACGCCAAUGACAUCUACCGCCUCUGCCAGGGCGGCGACAUCGUCAACCCGACCGUGGCGAACAACCCCGCGUACGCCAUCCCGCACAAGCUCCGGGUCCUCGUCGUGCUGGCGGCGUUCCAGCUCGUCGCCGGCCUCACGAACGGGUCGCUCGGCCCGCGCGUCGCCAAGCUGUGCGUCCGCGCCGCGCGCAUCGCGCAGGCCGCGUCGGCGCAGGGCCAGGCGAACAUCAAGCUCCGCGUCGCCGCGCGCAUCGAGGACGCGAACACGUCGGACAGCGCCGCCUUCGACGUCGCGAAGGACGGCCAGAAGGCGAUCGACGCCCUCAACGGCGCGGCGGAGGCGGAGCGGCGCCGCAUCCUCAAGAGCAAGCGCAAGCGCGGCGGCGCCUUCGCGUUCGCCGGCUCCUUCUGA